GGCAGCUUAAAAGGAUUCUACUUGUUUGAACAUCAACGCAUCCGCAAAAGAUCACUUGAAUCAAGCGACCAUCUUCAUGAGACUCUGAUGUCUGAACCACAGGUGGAAUGGGUUCAACAACAACACGAAAAGAAGCGUAAGAAAAGAGAUUACGUAGCGGAUCCUUCUACGUCUCCUUUUAGUCAAUUCUUUACCGGAAUAGCCCCAUCUUCCAGAGUUCACGGUCAGCCACAUUAUAGAGCCGCAGUUCCUGGCGUAGCCUUUCCGGAUCCUCUCUUUAAAGAACAGUGGUACUUGAAUGGUGGAGCUAAAGAUGGUCUCGAUAUGAACUUAUCACCGGCAUGGCAGAAAGGCUACACAGGCAAAGGAAUUGUAGUGUCAAUUUUAGAUGACGGUAUUCAAACUAAUCAUCCAGACCUCGCUCAAAAUUACGAUCCUAUGGCUAGUACCGAUAUCAAUGGAAAUGACGACGAUCCCAUGCCUCAAGACAAUGGCGACAAUAAGCACGGAACUAGAUGCGCCGGAGAAGUGGCUGGAGUGGCAUACAACCAGUUUUGUGGAAUUGGUGUGGCGUACAAUGCCAGCAUUGGAGGCGUUCGUAUGUUGGACGGUGUUGUCAACGAUGCUGUCGAAGCAAAAGCUCUAGGACUCAACCCCGAGCACAUUGAUAUCUACAGUGCUUCGUGGGGACCUGAGGAUGAUGGAAAAACAGUUGAUGGUCCAGGCCCACUUGCUCGCAGAGCCUUUAUCUACGGCGUCACUAGUGGCAGGAAAGGGAAGGGUUCCAUUUUUGUUUGGGCAUCGGGAAAUGGGGGAAGACAUACCGAUUCGUGCAACUGUGAUGGUUAUACCAACAGUAUUUUUACAUUGAGCAUAUCUAGCGCAACACAAGGAGGGUAUAAACCAUGGUAUCUGGAGGAGUGUUCUUCUACAUUAGCUACCACGUAUAGUUCUGGCACCCCUGGUCAUGAUAAAAGCGUAGCAACUGUUGAUAUGGAUGCCAGACUUCGACCUGACCAUAUUUGCACAGUAGAACAUACUGGUACAUCAGCAUCUGCUCCAUUAGCCGCUGGUAUAUGUGCAUUAGCAUUGGAAGCCAACCCUACUUUAACAUGGAGAGAUAUGCAGUACUUGGUUGUGUUAACAUCUAGAUCAGCUCCACUGGAAAAAGAAGGUGGAUGGGUUACAAACGGAGUACGAAGGAAGGUAUCGCAUAAGUUUGGUUAUGGAUUGAUGGACGCCGGAGCUUUAGUAUCAUUAGCGGAAAAAUGGACUACCGUGCCACCACAACAUAUAUGCAAAAGUCAAGAAGUCCUUGAAGAGAGAUCUAUACCUCCAACAUAUGGCACCACCUUAGAUUUCUAUAUGACGGUCGAUGCCUGCAGUAACACAUUAAACGAUGUACGUUUCCUGGAACAUGUCCAAUGCAAAAUAUCGUUGAGGUUUUUCCCUCGAGGUAAUUUGCGAAUUCUAUUGACCUCGCCCAUGGGAACCACUUCUACCCUGUUAUUUGAGAGACCCAGAGACGUCGUUAGUUCGAACUUUGAUGACUGGCCUUUCCUGUCUGUACACUUUUGGGGCGAAAAAGCCGAAGGAAGAUGGCAUUUACAAAUUAUAAACGCUGGCAGCAGACAUGUUAACCAGCCUGGUAUCUUGAAGAAAUGGCAACUGAUAUUUUAUGGUACCAAUGUCAAUCCAGUUAGAUUACGCCCUUCAAGCAAUGUUAGAUCCACCCCAUGGAAAGCAGCAAGCAAUACAUUUGCGUUUCCAACUCAAGCUCAACCUGUUACACCUGUAACAGACAAUUUCUUCGAUCCAUCUGAAGUAUUCAACGAAUUUCCUCAUGUCUACUCAUUUGCCGGAUCAGAUCCUGAAUUAUCUAUCAGUUCCUUAGACGGAAAGAAUACUAAAGUAAGGCAAAAUAAUGAGAAUAACAUAGAUUUUGAUGAAGAAACAAAGGAAGGAUGUGACGAACAAUGCGACGAUCAGGGAUGCUUUGGAAAGGGACCAUCAAAAUGCAUAGCUUGCAGAUAUAAACGCAUGGACAAAACUUGUAUCAGUGCAUGUCCACCAAGAAGUUACACAGAUUCACAAGGGGCUUGUCAACCGUGUCAUGAAGCAUGUGAGACAUGUACUGGACCAGAACAGAAAAAUUGUCUUACAUGCUCACCAGGACAUGUACGUGUUAUUGAUCUGGACAUCUGUCUUCAGCAAUGUCCGGAAGGAUUCUAUGAAAAUUUUGCUGAUAGAACCUGUAUACCAUGCCAACCAAAUUGUGCAGAAUGUCAGGAUCGUCCAGAUCAGUGUACUAGUUGUGAUCAUCAUCUUUUAAUGUACCAAAGCAAAUGUUUAGCUUCGUGUCCUAAAAACACUUAUGAAACAGACGAUUACAGGUGCGCUCCGUGUCAUGAAUCCUGUGAGACUUGCACUGGUUCAAACAGUUCUCAGUGUAUUUCCUGUCCAUCUGGAAGGUUUUGGCAAGAGGGUCGUUGUGUUAAGGAAUGUCCAGCUCAUCACUACGCCGAUCAUCAUCAAAGAGAAUGCAUAGAAUGCCCACCAGGAUGUAGCGAAUGUAAUGCUACCACUUGUAUCUCUUGUUUAGACGACUGGAAAGUAAACACUAAAGGAAGAUGUCAAAAUCAGAAUAGUGAAAAAUGUGAUGUUGACCAAUAUUAUGACAGUGGUUUAUGUAAACCUUGUCAUUCGACAUGCGACUCAUGUGAUGGUCCUACUGAAAAAGCUUGUUUGUCCUGUGCUAGUCCUUUAAUUUUACAAGAUACCAGAUGCGUGGCUAGAUGUGACAACGGAUUUUACAACGAAAGAGGUAGCCAAAUGUGCGAGCCAUGUUUACACACAUGUUCAAAAUGUUCCGCAAAAAUGAAUUGCACUGAAUGUAAAUCAGGGUUACAGUUACAAGGCGGUGAAUGCUAUACAUCAUGUGCCAUGGGUUAUUAUAGUGACAAAGGCUUGUGCGUCAGAUGUUAUAUGAGCUGUAAGACAUGUAGCGGACCAAGUCAGGACCAAUGCGUUACUUGUCCUAGCUCGUGGCAAUUAUUGAAUGGAGAAUGUAGACCGGAUUGUCCAGAAGAAUAUUACAAAACCGAGUAUGGAUGUCAAAAGUGUCAUUAUUCUUGCAGAAAUUGUCCUGAAUGCAAAAUACAAGAGGAUAAAAGAAAAAUAAAUGUAGAAGCAUUGCUUCUCUCCGCACAACCGGUGUCGACGUUACAACUAGUGAAUCCAUUCAAUUUUAUAACUGGACUGGCAAUAAUAGCAUGUUUAUGUAUAAUAAUUUUAUUCAUAGUAAUCUUUUUGGUUUUACAGAGAAACAGCGUCCAAUCGCAACAACGAGGCUACAGUAGAGUGUCGAUAAAGAAACCGAAAGUUACCUGCAACUACAACGUGGUGUCCGUAAGCGACGGAGACUCUAGCGACUCUGAUAGUUCGGAAGGCCACAAGCUAAUUCCUCCAAAAAGCGACAGAAUGUCCGAUAGAAUAGCCUGUUGAGACGAGGCUAUGUAAAAAAUCCGUAGUGUAAAUAACUUUGUACAAACCCCAUAUGACAAUGUACGUCAUACCUAUUCCAGUGUUGUUUUUGUACCUAUAUUUGUAUCAAGUCACAAACAUAUUGUAUCAAACGGACAUUUCAUGAAGCUUGGAAUAAACUUAGAAUGUAUUGAGUAAAUGAGUAGUAUUUUUUUAAUUUACUUCAACAAAACUAUAUAGUUUUAGAGAAGAAAAAACGUUUUAAAUUUUGCCGUCAUUAACUACACAAAUAUUCGAUAGUUUAUCAAUUUUCCUAUUGUAAUAUUUUAAUAAUAAAACCUGUUGUAAUGAAUUUUAAUGCAGGUACUUAAAACUGAAUUUGCAGAGUGUGUGUAAGUAUACCUUAUAAUCGAAAAAAAGGCGUAAAGUUAAUUUCGAAAUGACUAACACAUUCACUAUAAAAAUUGGGGUAUACAAUGAUAGCGGUCUUUAUUCGCUAGUCACCUCUGAUGCCGUUUUUUUUUUCGAUAAGUCACGUUAUAAUAAAUAUGAUAAGAAUUCUAAUUACGUAAUUUAUUAAUAUGUCUUAAUUAUAUCUAAAAAUCUAGAGUUAUUAAAUAUUAUUAAUUAAUUUAAUGUUGUUUUUAAGAUAUUGUAUGCUUAAUUUUUAUGAUCUGACGUUGUACAGUGUCACAGAUUAAGUGGGCAUUAUAUGGGAUUUUUUAAUUAAUUGAUUUAGGUAAAAUUUGACGUUAGCAUUAAUUUUUGCAUUGAAUUAGAUUAAAAAUAGCAUAAUAAGAUUUAACUUGUUGCUCCCGGAAAUCUUCUAAAUUUGACAUUUAAAGUAAUAAAUGGCUGAGAAUGGUGUUAUUGGUCGAAUUUUGAAAAACUUUGAAAAAAGUAUUUUAUUUUACAUAAGUCUAUCAAUUUUCUCUAACUGUAUUAUUUGUUUUCAUCUGUUCGACUUUAAUAUAAUUAUGUUGAAAUUUAAAAAAAAAGUUUUUUUAAGGGGUUUAGGUGUAGGAAGUCUGUCCCCACCUGCUGGUCUAGCGGCGGGGGUUGUGUCGAGUUUGCUUGUAGCGACCGACUUAAACUUUUUCCCCUGUCUUAUUUCUCAAGUGCGGUUGGAACUACCCUAAGCAUUACUUCAACCUCACAAAGUAUCCUCUAUUUUCUAGGUCUAUACUUUUCCUCCUCUAUAUUUUCCUUCAUUAUAUUCGUCAUUAGUCUGCUGACACUUUUUCACUCUUAGGAUUUUUUCACUCUUCUGCUACUUUGUCUUUCGUAAUUUUAUGCUCAAUCUCGUUUUGUACUUGUAUAUACAGGGUGGCGCACCUCAUUCACCUCGGUUGAUUAUACCUAACCUAAACGAAAAGAUGUAGAAACAAAAUAUUUUAUGGGUAUAUGUGGGAAUAUAAUUUGCAUAAUAUAAAAUUAUUUUGAAAUGUAUAGGGUGUGUCAUAACUAAGAUCUAUACCAAAGUUAUAUUUUUUCUUAUGGAACACCCGGUAUUUCAUUUCAUUUUUGGAUUCUUGGACAUAAAGUAAGGCAUUUAUUAUAAGGGUUUAAUAUGUUUAAAAGCUUUGUUAAGACUCCAUGACCAGUCAUAGCCUGUGAUGUAUAAAAAUUAAUAUUACCCUAUUUUCUUUCACACUAUUUUCUAAUAUCUUUAAUGAAAGUCUUUCUCACCAUUCAUGCCAUCUUGUUUACCACUGCAAAAACCAUCUGCUUAGCUCCUCCUUAAUAUGUACUGUCAUUCGCACGUCUUUGUCUAAAUAUAUUCCUAGGUACUUGAUAUCUGAAUAAAGUUUUUUUUUUAAAUUCGGCCAAUAAACCCUGUGUCUAAACAUUUACAACUUAAAAUAUCUAAUUUGACUGAUAACCGAGAAAGACAGGUUCAUUUUUAAUCUAAUUUAAAGCAAAAGCUGACGUCAAAGUUAAAUUUCAGCUAAAUGAAUUAAUAAAAAGUGUAUAUGAUGCGGACUCUUUCUGUGACAUUGUAUGUGAUUCCAUCAGUUAACAGCUACAUGAAAUGUCUUAGCAUAAUGCUUUAGCAAAUUUUGUGAUAUUCGAAAUGAUAUAUGUGUUACCAUAAAUAUUUUAUAUACAAUUACGUGUGUUUGCUGUCCUGCGAUUGAAGUAAGUUUUACGACGUCCAGGAUUAAUGCACAACAGUAUCGGCACUAAAUAUAUAAGGAAAAAAACAAGAAAAAAAUACAAAGAAUUUACAGUAAAUAAAUAAAUGUAGCUAGAAUAUAUUUGAAGUGUAAAUACUGAUAUAUAAAAAGGAAAUAUUGUACCAAAACAAUUCUGUAAAAUAUUGUUCAUAAUAUAAUUUACGAUCGGGUAUUGGCUGUAUGCAAGGUUAUCAAUUAUUUUCGAAAUCAGCUAAAAAAAUAAUUACUAUAGACCUAAUUAAUUAGAAGUCAAAUGAAUUUUACAAUAGAGACGCAGUAAAGCAGAUACUAUCUCAAAUCAUAGGUAAUUUGGUUUAUUUAAAUUAAAACCUUACCAUUUUAUAAAUAUUUUGAUAUAAUAUGCAAGUUAAUGAGUUAAAUUUAGUUAGUUAAUUAAUUAGAAGUUAAUAGGUACUUUCCGUAAGUUUGAAAAAAUGUCCCAUUUUGGUUUCUAACAUGUAUCAAAGAUGUAAUUCAUUGGAUCUUAAGCUCUUUACGGCACUGAAUCAAUGAUCAUUUAUUAGUACACGAUGACAAGUAUUUAUGAUUAACCUCGGCUUUGAUUUUGACAGUUAAUCAAAUUUUAAUGUGUAAGGGUACGCACACAAAGAAAGCUAGUUAAUCAGCGCUGAAAACCGGCGCCGGCGCCAGGGUAUAACAUUCUUUGGCCAGAGCCAGCAUCGAAUAUCACAAUAUGCACACUGCACACCCAGCACAAA